AUGAUGACAAUCCUGCCCAGGAGUUGUCGUGCAGCUCUACCGAAGGCAUGUCGUGCAAAGACACCAUGCAGAGUGAGCGUUGUUGCCGUUACCGUUUGUGCUGCUGGCGCAAGUGGCACUUGGGAUAUUUACAGCCAAAUUGCCAGCCGACUCAAAUCUCUACAGGUGCAGAGACGAAAGUUGAGAAGAGUGGACCUGUGGUGGCAUUUCUCUUCAAGCUGGCGAUGCGGAUCAAGAAAUCCGCGGUGCGGCAGAACCUCUACACACCGCUGUUCGACCUGUUGGUGUUCAAGAAGUUCAAGUCCAUGCUUGGUGGAUCUGGCGGUGGUGCCAUCUCCCCUGAUGUUCAGGCUUCAAAAGCCGCUGGCAGAUCCAUCCGUUGGAUUCGUUGGAUCCGUCCUGUCCUCCGUCGAACUGACACUUCACUCAGAGCCAGAGAUCACCGACAACGAUGGCAAGCCCUACCUUUGUACAGACAAGGUGCAUUCAGAUGGCUCCGCCUGCUGCGGUCGGGGAGAAAUUUGGAUGAGAGGUGCAUUCAGAUGGCUCCGCCUGCUGCGGUCGGGGAGAAAUUUGGAUGAGAGUAAUUCCAUCGGUUCUGGCUAUUACAAGCUGCCAGAGCAGACAGCAGCAGACUUCGACAAAGACGGCUGGUUCCACUCUGGAGACAUCGGGCUGAUCACGCCCGAAGGAAAAGUCAAGAUCAUCGAUCACAAGAAGAAUCUUGUGAAGCUGGAAGGUGGCGAACACGUUGCCUUGAAGCUGAUCAAUGUGACCUACAACAAUCAUGAACUCGUCAACACGGAUGCUGGAGGUGUGUGCUCUUUUGCAAGCCAUGAAAUCGAUCUGCCCGUCCUGCUUGCUCAGUGCAAGAAGAAGGAGCUCUUAGCUUUGGCUGCUGCGAAUGGCGUCACCGGGAAAGAUGAUGAUGCUCUUUGCAAAGACCCCAAGGUCAUGGCAGCUGUUAAGACUGCUCUGGAUGCAGUGGCGAAGGCACAUAAGCUUCCGGCCUUGAUGCAAGCGAUUGCAGUGAUGCCUGUGUUGGAGCCCUGGACAGCCGAUAAUGGUUGCCUGACUGCCACAUCUAAGUCCAAAGCCCUAAUCACCAACGUUCUUGGGCAGCAACCUGGUAUAGGUUGGUGGCCAAGAAGAUUUACCAGCUCCAUGAAAAGGACCUGGACGUGUUGA